AUUUCAUUUCAUUUCAGUCACAAUCCGGACACUUGAUUCUUGAAGUACAGCAACUUUUUCCAAACCCUCCAAGACCACAGUACUGAGCCCCACUGGUUGAAGUGAGUCUACUCAUGGCCUCCCUGUCACUCAAAGAGCCUUUAUUGCGGAAACUGGUCACGCUCGUGAAACACCUCAAACUCUUGAAGUUAUCGGUGAUCCUUCUGUGCCGCAUUCACCGACAUGUCAUCACAUUCCUCCGUCGACUACUGCACGGGAUUUCGUACAACCAUGAUAGCCAUUUACAAAGACAAAUACUCAACGUUGAUAGAAUUAUGGGAGCUACUCAGCCUGCUGUUGGGGGCACACAAGACCAGAUCUCAGUGACAACACUUGCUGUACGCCCUCCCGAGAGGGAGGAUGCACCCUCUCAACAUUGUGUUGGGAGUCCUUUGGCAUUUCCAUUACCUCAGGUGCCAAUGGAUCAUCUACCCUAUUCUGCUCAGACAUCUUCGGCAGUACCUAACGUCCGUCAACCAGGAGCAAUUACUCUUCGCCCAAUCAUUGCAUCGCAAAUCGGUAGGUAUGAAAGGAAUAUCACUCAAAGUAAAGAUUUCCGUGUGUUUGAAGUUAGCCCAGGGCCGAAUAAUUUUACAGAGUCAUCAAUGCCAGUUGCCAACUGGUUACAGCUCACUCACCCUGAGGGCGCUCGCUUCUUCUUUAACUCGCAUCAGAGAGUCUUCACCGAUCAAAAUAUUUUGGAGAAUGACCUUGCACUUGAUAUUCUGGCUGCAGCCGAGCAAGCCAAUCGAAUGGCAGCAGAGAGUGGCAAUUUUUGCGCGACAAUGGAGCUUGCUAUCGAAAAGCUCUCCGAAGGCGUCUUUGGAUACUAUUUUGUAGAUCAUGAAGCACGGAUUAUCUUCUGGCCUGAGAUUGUCAGAUCCAGGGAACUUAUGAUCCAUGUACGAGGUGUCUCGGAAAAGAAUCACAUCAGAUAUGCAUUAGAGGCGCAAUACUGGAAACAUUGCACUCUGUUCUCAAACAUGCGUGCUCUCCCUAGACAGACAGUGAAUUGUUUGCGAGAUAUCAUUGCUUAUGCUCAUGCUGAAUCAAUCACAUCUCAAACAUCCCUUUCUCCCUUCGACUUGGAUGAGCUAUCAAACAUACUCAGUGUUGUUGAUCAAGUGAAAGAUAACAUCGAAAAAGUCAACGAACACUCUGUCUGUAUCGUCGCUCGAUACUUGGAUAUGUUCUUUCGGGCCAAAUUUGUCAAUUUCUGUGGGCAGCUUGGUGCCCGUCUUGAUGCUGAUCGAUCGUUAUAUGAUAGUAACAGCAAGAAGCCCCACCCCAUCUUCAUUCGUAUUUUGAACGUUGUUCUGUUCAACUCUCCAGCGAUUCACAGCGAAUCCCUUCACAAUAUUUGGGUGGACAAUACCGUGGUCAAGCCUAGGUGGAAGAAGUUCAUCAGCCAAUUGAAUAGCGAGUGGAACAGUUUCACUGUGUUUUCAACUGUGAUGCUUGCUGUGGAUGUCAGUUUCCUCACAGUUCCUGGAGUAGACGAUCCCUCCGUUCAGUCAAAACCAGCUGUGACGAUUGUGAUUUACCUGUCCACACUUUGUGCAAUGGGCUCGCUCGUGAUUUCUCUUAUCCUAGCGGGUCAGGUCAGCGACAAUAGACGAAGCUCGGCUGACAGUGUGGCAAAAUUCAUUUCCUCGAUGUCCAAAUCACUCCUUGGCAUCGAGAGUCUCGCCUUGAUGCUCAGCCUGCCAUUUGCUCUCCUUAUCUGGGGAAUGAUUUUCUUUGCAAUCGCACUCUCGAUACUGAUCUUCUAUACUACCGAUAUCGUUGCAUUGACCGUUGUUAUCCCCAUAUGGGCGGUUGUUCUUCUCCUCUCGACAUGGCCAGUCUUAGCAGCUAAUAAUUUACACGUCUCGGUUGUUGGUAGGCGAGCCAUCAAGUACUGGAAAGAUAUCAUGCAAAACAUAAUCAUUAUACGAAGGCAAUGAUCGAGUUUCCUUUAUUCGAUCUGUGGAUGGGACUCUUGACUUUCAUACGUAGCUCACUUGGUAUUCACUUGUACUCAUGCCGGUCUCUCACCAUGUCAUAGUUACAGCUUAUACGUAGUCGUUCUCGAACACUAGGUUAUGACUGCU